AACAAGAAAGUCAAAAAAUGUCGAAGAAAAAUAAUAAAUUGUCUCAGCGUCAAUUUUUAAAUAAAUUAGAAAUCCCCUAUGAUGAAUUUUCAAGGAUCAGGUGGUUGAAGAGAUCAGAAUUUGGUAUUUACAAAGAUGCAAAUUGGAAGGAGUCUCAUAACAAAGUGGCGUUAUUGCUUCCGAAGGAGAUUAAUCAUUUUUCCAAGUUAAAAGAAGUAAAACACGACAAUAUAGUAAAGUUUCAUGGAACAACACAUGGUAUGCAGUCGCUUUAUAAACUGACUUUGGAAGACAAACUGAAUAUUGCAAAAGAUAUAGCUAAUGGAUUAAAAUAUUUACAUGACGAAGGAAAGAUACAUCACGGUGAUUUGCAUCCAAAAAGCAUAUUUAUUGAUAAUAAACGAGCUCUUAUAACACAUCCAACAAUAUUUACAGUAAUAAACAGAAGUUCUUCAGCGGGUAUCAUGAGAGAUAAAAUUCCUUAUCAAGAUCCACAAUUAUCAAAGAACAUGCGACAACCUCCCAGCAAAAAAUCAGAUAUUUAUAGUUUGGGAGUUAUAUUAUGGAGAAUAUUUAGCAACUAUGAACCGUUUUCAAACUAUGAAAAAAAUUUAAUCAGUCUUAUACGUGAAAUUGAGAAAGAUAUGAGGGAAAAGCCCACGGGAGACGCGCCUGAAAAUUAUGUUAGUAUUUAUGAAAAAUGCUGGUCAUCCAAUUUAAGUAUGAGGCCACCCAUUAAAAAAGUCCUUAACGAACUUAAUAAAAUAAACUGUAAAAUUAAGGGUAGAGUGGACGGUAAUAGUGAUCACGUUGUAAUCAUAUGA